AGUAAUAGCAAAAAAUUUCGAAAAUAGCUAGAGCGAAAAAAUGAAUAUUCGGUGAAAAAGUGAUAAGCUGGUUAGUUUCAAUGAAUCGACAUGUGUUAAACAUCUUGGAAAACGAUACAAGCAGUCAGUCGUAGAAGAAAGGGCUAGAAAGCUCAAAGGAAAGUGCCAAGAAAAGUAAAAUAAACUUAAGACAGUCGUCUUGGGAAGUUUGGAGGGGGAGGACUAAAACUCAAGAAAACAUUCACGGAAGCCUGAGAAAGAGUCGACAAAGUCGAGAAAGAUAACCGUUCUUGAAGAAAAUACCCAUUGCUUCAAGGCGAUACUCGAGUCUUACUCGUGGAGGACGUUAUAAGUGUCUUUUCCUGUCGAGAUAUCAUCAGCCACGUUUCAUCGUCUUCCUGGAUCAGCGAUCGCGUCUGGACGGCCUUCGCAGAAGCACACUUCGGAAAUUCACGUUUACUAAAGUUUCGGACAGUCGCGCGCGCGUGACUUUCGUUCUCAUUUAUUGUGUUGUGUUAAUGAAAGUGUCUAGCCUGUGUUCUCGCAGACUCGUCGCGACUCUUAGUCCGAGCGGACGCGCAUUACCGAUUCUCACACAUCGCUCCUCUCGUCAAAGUAGACAUUUUUGGAUUCUUACAUCGUCUCAGAUCCGAAGACGCCGAAUGUCUGAUACUGCGACCCUCGGCAGGACUCGAAACUUUUGAACGUAGAUAGGACAAUGAGUGUCAGAAUUGUUGUGAGCGUCACUGAGCUCACGAAUAUGGACGCCAAAGAUCGCUAUGUCGUCGAGGGCAUCGCAUUUUCCACAGCCACCGAGGAUGUGGGGGAUGAGCCCCAAGGGCACGAGAAUGAUACCGAUCCAUACUCGUUGUCGCAUCUCGAUCCGCCUACCGGUAGUAUCUACAUGAUAGGUGGAGUGCUGAUCGCUAUGGUUCUGGUGGGCGUCUUGAUCGUCUUGCUCGCUGUAACAAUCAGCAAGCUGCGAAAGCGCGAGGACCAUCAUUCGAGCGUGGACGCGGUGCACCCCGAAGCGGUGGUACAGACAGCGACGUCGCUCGCGACCCUCGGGGUACCGGCGACGCUCGGGGCACCAGACGGUUGCUGCACGCAGAUGUCCACGACCACCAUGUCGACCGACCUCGGCAACAGUGUUUGCGACGAGCAUGUAUUCGCGACGACGGUCACGCCGUCCGCCAAUCCAGUCGAUCCGUUCGCGUGGCAAUUCCCGCCCCCGUACCCUCCCCCCCACAUGCCGCCGGCGCAGUACACGUUGUACAACGAUCAGGUUGGUACACACCUUGAUACCCUCGUACACGCUUUGCCGUCGGACCGGCCUGGGUUUGCGAAGGGCUUCCGCAAGAAUCUUGGUGGACGCUGGCGUCGAUUAGUGAAGCGUAAAGCAGAGACAGAUACCUGUGCCAUUCCCCCCGAGCUGAAGGAUCAGCUGAAAACUAUUUACGUCUAUUGACGGCCAAAAGCCUGUCCCCGAAGCCUAAAAACCCCGAAGAGAAAUCUGAAAAUUAUCAAUAAAAACAUGAUGAGUAUUGGUAAAAGCAAGAAGAGGCUCUAGUCAAGAAAUCAAGAAGAAAUGUGAAAGAGAUUGAAAUGAAAAAAGGAAUUAGGGAAGACGUAAAGAGAUUUAACAAAGCUGAAUGACGGAAACAUAAAAGGAGCGGACAUAAAGAUGAAAAAAAGUUUGGGAAGCGUAUAAAAAGACCGAAAUCUAAAGAGACAGAAGAAAUUUCGGGGAAGAAAUAGGCAUAGAUAUAGGAACUGAUCUGGCCAAUAGUCGACAUAUCAAAAAGUGUGCCUGAAGAAGAUGCAACGAAGUGCCUUCUUUUAUUCCACAAGCGCCUUCUCAUGAGACUGAUACCGCAAAAAAACUGCGAUGGGUGCGAACAUGGGUGCGACAAAGCGAGUUACCUCGUAGCUUCUGCGUAAUUAAAAGCCGACAAAUCGCCGUAUUUUGAAUUAGCAUUAGUUAAUUAGCAUUAGUGCGUCGACUGGACUUAUGGAAGAUACAAGCGGCUUGCGAUCGAUCUUUCGGCCAAUUUUCGGGAUUCCGCAAAAAUCCGAUUCUUUAUCUUUUAGUUAAUCACGAUCAAAUCUCAAUUUUUACAGCUUCGGCGGAUUUGAAAUCGCAAUCUCGAGGAGAAAUUUAACUAUAAAACUAAAUUAUUAUUUAUUAAAAAAAAAAAUCAGCGUAUAUAUUUUCCUACUAAAGUGCAAACUAGUUGUAUACUGAAUGAGAAGACUUACAGCUGCUGGUCAUCGUGCAUUGUAUCACGCUCUUCAGCAGCACAACGAAACUGGCAAUGGUCCGUACUUUGUCCAACUAUAGGUAUAUAAAGCAUCGUUCGAAACUAAAAUAGAUCAGAUGUUAUAAUUUAAAAAAAGUCCUCCUUGAAUAUGAUUUCGUAUUUAAAGUGAACCUCACGGAUGAAACAAGCUUGAUCCACUUUAGCCUUAUACGCAUACGUGAAUUUUUUUCUUAGACAUCUCCCGAUUCAUCUUGUACAAAUGAAGUCGAUCGCUCGCUCCCGUAAUUGGUUUCGAGGCCGCCGACGUCAAACUGUGUAAAUAAAAUGUCGCGAUCUCUCUGGACAAAAGUCCGCGGGAUGUAUGAUUUAAUCAACGAAUAGGCUUUCGUGUUCCUAAAAAUCCUCAGGGGUCUAAAGGAGGUUCUAGGAUUCUCAACAAUCUGAAGAACUUCCCGCCGUCAGAACGGAAUGCGGCGCCUCG